UUAACAAGAAGAAUCAGUCGCCUUUAGUAGCCUACGAUCAAGCGUCGCCAUGACCGUCUAUAGCUGGGGCCGCGGCGAGGACGGCCAACUCGGGCUUGGCGACACGAGCGACCAGCACCGCCCCGUUCCCAUUGAUGCACUGGCCGAGCGCCGCAUCGUGCAGAUCGCGUGCGGAAGCGGCCACACUGUCGUACUCACGGAAGAAGGAGAAGUAUACACAUGGGGCCGCGGUGAUGACGGGCGUUUGGGUCACGGAGAUAAUGGCUGGAAAUUCGUGCCGCGCCUCGUAGAGGAGCUACGAGGCAAGAACAUUCGCCAGGUCACGUGCGGCAGUUACCACACGGCAGCUGUGACGGUAUCGGGCGACCUGUAUACGUGGGGUGGCGGUAUGUACGGCAAACUGGGCCAUGGCAACGAGACUGGUCACUCGACCCCAUAUCUUGUGGAGACGCUAAAGAGCAUGCAAGUGCGGCAGGUAGCCUGUGGUAGUCGCCACACGGUCGUGCUCCUGGAGAACAAGGACGUCUACACUUGGGGGGACAAGGAGAACGGUGUCUCAGGCCACGGCGACACCGAGGGACACCAGUACCUUCCGUGUCCUGUCGAGGAGCUUCGUGGCAAGUCUAUCGUCCAGAUCUCGGCCUGUGGUUUCCACACAGCUGCUCUAAGCGAGUUCGGAGAGGUUUUCACCUUCGGAGAGGGGAAAUUCGGGCGACUAGGACACAACUCAGAACGAAACCAACCUGUGGCACGCUUUGUGGAUGCGUUGGCGGGUAAACGCGUAAAACAAGUCGCUUGUGGAGGCUUCCACACUGCUGCCGUUACGGAAACAGGAGAGGUAUAUACGUGGGGAGGAGGUGAGCAUGGACAACUUGGACAUGGUGACAAGGUGAACAAAACAGUGCCAACACGUGUCGAGAGUCUUUUGGAGAAACUGGUAUUGCAAAUCACAUGCGGAUGGAGUCAUACAGUCACACUAACCGAUACAGGUGAGGUGUACACAUGGGGAAACGGAGACCACGGCAAGCUGGGCCACAAUGAUACGGCCAAGGUGACGUUGCCAAAGCCGGUGGACGUGCUGGACGGAAAACGUGUGAUCAGUGUAGCGUCUUACAACGAGCACACAGUCGCAUUGGUGGACCCCGUGGCGAUGCUACGUGCUUCCAUGCUGACGUCGUCGUAUGUAGGCGACAUGCGCCAGCUUAUUGACAGCGCUGAGUUCUCAGACGUGACUUUUCUCAUCGAAGGUCGCGCGGUACAUUCCCAUCGCGCUAUUUUGGCUGCUCGCAGUGACCAUUUUCGUGCCAUGUUCUCGUCAGGCAUGCGUGAAUCUCACGAACAGGAGAUCCCGUUGUCACAUACUCGGGUGCCAGUUUUCCUCGCACUACUGGAGUAUAUUUAUGUGGACUCGAUCAAUGUGGGUGCUGAGAUGGCAUUGGAGCUGUACGCCGCCGCCGAUCUGUACACAUUGGACCGCCUCAAGGGCCUCUGCGAGAUUAUCGUGCAGAAGAACAUCAACGUUGAGAAUGCAGCCGUGCUCUUCCAGUCUGCCAAUGACCUUCAUUCGUACCGACUGCGUGAGAUCUGCCUGUCAUACAUGGUGCAGAACUUCGACAUGGUCACAAAAUCCGAUGGUUUUGCCAGCCUGUCCCGUGAUCUCAUCCUGGAAGUCUUGCAGAAUCGGUAG